AUGUCAGAGGCGCAGGAAAAGUUUCUGCCGAUCCGUCAUCCUUCUGCGGAGAUAGCCGAGAGGGACCGAGCUGAAGACAAGGAUCACAAUGCCGAUACCAACCCAGAAAUCCUUCACUCAGAUGAAACCAGCCUGAAGCCUAGUAUCUCGACUUCCCAAAGAUGGCGGACAGCAAGCCAGCGGGUUCAAAAUCGGGCUGCCACGAUAGCCGAGAAGUUCGGCCGACCUCAUGAAAGAGAGGCUGACGGCUUGGAUUCGCCGAUGUUACCGGAGUACUACGGAGCAAUAGACGAUAUCCAAGGAUUCGAGGCCCGCCAGGCAGCCGAUGAAGAAGCCCAACUCCCAGGAACAGACUAUGAUUCGCAAGCUCGGCUCUUGGUGGAACGAAUGGGGUCACAGUUCGAAGCACGGCCUCCACGCAUCGAAGAACCGCGUUCCGGUUCGACAACCCCAGGAACUCCAGAUGGGACAGCAACACCCGGCGGUCCACCCGGAGGACUUCUGUCACAAUUGCUUCGUGUAUACGCCAACAACCUCCACACUACAAGCCGGAUGAGUGUUGUCUCUACGACUUCGGAAACAGACCUGGACACAGAAAGCAUUCCACCAUCCGGCACAGUGACACCGGGUGGAAAGAAGGAUAAACUGAAAUGGUACAACGGCAGCCAUCCCAGCAAACCAACCCACAGCUAUACUUCCUCCCUCAUCAAUGCAUCCAUGGAUUUGGGUCGGGUUGGGGUCCCCGGAGCCACGGGUCCCCCACCCGUAAAUCCCAAAGAACGAAAGAAGCAAAAGCGCAAAAGCAAGAAAAACAUCAAGCUCACCGUCCACAUUGCCGCAAUCCUCGCCCGUCAACAGUACAUCAUGCAGCUAUGUCGCGCUCUAAUGAAAUAUGGCGCCCCAACCCACCGUCUUGAAGAGUACAUGAUGAUGACCUCCAACGUACUGGACAUCAGAGCCCAGUUCAUGUAUAUCCCAGGAUGCAUGUUCAUGUCCUUCGACGACCCGCUAACCCGCACUGCGGAGGUAAAGAUCAUCCGCGUAGUGCAGGGUCUAGAUCUCUCCCGUCUCGCAGAGACACACAACAUCCUCAAGAAUGUCGUCCACGACGUCAUCGGCGUCGAACAAGCAACCCACGACCUCGAUGAGAUCAUGCAACGCAAACCACGCUACAACCGCUGGCUCCUCAUCUUCUUAACUGGCUGCGCCAGCGUCGCCGUCGGCCCAUAUGCCUUCAGCGCCCGCCCUAUCGACCUACCCAUAAUCUUCGUACUAGGCUGUCUAGUAGGCUUCAUGCAGUACGUUGUCGCGCCAAACUCAGCAACCUACUCCAACGUACUAGAAGUCAUUGCAGCGGUCCUCACCUCCUUCAUCGCGCGGGCGUUCGGCAGCAUCCAACACAACGGCGAGCGCGUCUUCUGCUUCUCAGCCAUGGCACAGUCCUCUAUCGCAAUGAUCCUACCAGGCUUUGCCGUGCUGAGUAGUAGUCUCGAGCUACAGUCGCACCAGAUGAACGCGGGCUCGAUCCGUCUCGUCUUCACGAUUAUCUACUCGCUUUUCCUCGGAUACGGCGUUACCGUCGGCACGACAAUCUACGGGUUGAUGGACCGCAACGCAACGAAGGAGACGACUUGUUCCGAUCUACCGGAGGUCUGGGGCAAUGAAUAUAUCCAGCAUUUUCCUUUUGUAGCGCUGUUUUGUCUCUUCGCUGCGCUGAUUAAUCAGUCCAAGCCGAAACAGUUGCCGGUUACGAUCUUCAUGGGUGUUUGUGGCUAUGUCACGAAUUACUUUAGCACGAAGAAGCUCGGCUCGAAUCAGGUCGCUAAUACGGUUGGCGCGUUUACCAUUGGCCUUCUGGCUAAUCUGUAUAGUCGCUUAUGGCAUGGUCAUGCGGCUGCUGCUAUUAUUCCGGGUAUCUUUACCCUCGUUCCGUCGGGUCUUGCGUCUAGUGGGUCGAUUAUUUCUGGAUUGGAGUAUGCUGAGGCUGUUUCAUCUGGAAAUGUCUCUAGUACUACUACUAGUGUGACUUCUAAUACCUCGCUUACCUCGUUGGGAUAUGGUAUGAUCCAGACAGCUAUUGGUAUUUCGGUUGGGCUGUUUAUCUCCGCUUUGAUAGUUUACCCGCAUGGGAAGAAAAGGAGUGGGAUUUUCAGUUUGUAG